AUACGCAACCUCCUCUUCACCAUCUGUAUAGGCCGAUCAAAGCAGCACCGACCCACCACCCCAUCUCACUCCCUAAAUACCAGCAAUUGUUCACAGUCACCUUCAGCUGUUCACUAUUGAACCACAACACGCCUUUAUGGAAAAGAAAAAAGAAAAAAAUUCUCCACCAAGCAAAGAAAAACAGCUAGAUAACUCAAGGAAUCUAUUCUCGGACUGAACGGUUUGAUCGCAAUUUGUUAAACAUUUUGGCUGUUCAAGAUGUGGCUUAUCAAUUUAACCAAUCAGCUUUCUGGUUGAAUGUUCAGUGCCUGGUUUGACACUUUCUCUCCUUUCUUCAACAAUAGAGCCAUUAUCUCCUUGUUCUUGUUCAGAAUUAUUAACCCUAGUGCUUUGAUGCUUUUGCAGCAUGAUGCAUUUUACACGCAACAUAAUUUGAGUAUGAGGAACUUUGUCCUUAAUGUAUCUAAGAGUGUGAUUGUUGAUUACAUCUCUUCACCAGAGGUUGGCUUCUUGAGGAGUAUUUCGGCACCUUUUGCAUCGAGCAAGACAAAGCUGGUCUUCCGGUUUAUGCAACAAGACAACAUUGAGCCUUCAACCAACCAGAGUUAUGGUUCUCUGUUAAGGAAUCUCACAUUUAUCAAGAAAUUUGCCUCAGGAAUUAUUGUUCCCAAGUCUUACAUAUGGCCAGUAGAUUCUAGUUAUUACUUGCUACCUUCAACCUCUGUCGUCUCAGACGCUCACAAAGUAGGGCUAGAAGUUUUUGCAUCUGACUUUGUGAAUGAUGCUCAACUUAGCUUCAAUUACAGCUAUGAUCCAGUGGCUGAAUAUUUAAAUUUCAUUGAUAACGGUGACUUCUCUGUUGAUGGUGUGAUAUCUGACUUCCCAAUAACUCCAUCAGAAGCUAUAGAUUGCUUUGCUCACCUAGGCAGAAAUGCUUCAAAACAAGCUGAUCUACUGAUAAUCACCAAAAAUGGAGCAAGUGGGGACUACCCUGGAUGCACUGACUUGGCAUACUCAAAAGCCAUCGUAGACGGUGCAGAUGUUAUUGACUGUCCUGUGCAAAUGACAAAGGAUGGGAUACCUAUUUGCUUGCAGUCUAUUAAUCUUUUUGAUAGCACAAAUGUUGUCCAAUCAAGUUUCAGCAACCUUGCAACAACGAUUCCAGAGAUUCAAGCAGGCACUGGCAUAUUUACCUUUACUCUGACAUGGAGUGAAAUUCAGACCUUGAAACCAUCAAUAUCAAGCCCACAGGCGAAGGAUUACAAUUUAUUUCGGAAUCCAAAUUUAAAAAAUGCUGGAAAAUUUGUAACAUUGUCUGAUUUUCUGGCCACAGCAAAAAAUGCUAUCUCUCUUUCGGGUGUCUUAAUCAGCAUAGAGAAUGCAGCUUACCUUGCAAAGGAGCAGGGCUUGAGUGUAACUGAUGCAGUGCUUAGUGCUUUGAGCAAAGCUGGAUAUGAUAAACUGACAACUCCAAAAGUUAUGAUACAGUCCAGUAACAGUUCUGUUCUAAAGAAGGUCAACAUUGCAGGCACUUAUGAGCUUGUCUACAGGGUUGAUGAAAGUAUUCGGGAUGCUCUCAAUGCCACAGUUGAGGACAUCAAAAGCUUUGCUCAUUCCGUAGUUGUUGAUAUGUCCUCUGUGUUUCCUACAGAUAUAAAUUUCAUCACUGGUUCAACAGAUGUUGUAACCAAGCUACAAUCCUUCAAGCUUCCUGUUUAUGUAGAAACUUUCAGCAAUGAGUUCACAUCUCAACCGUGGGACUUCUUCUCAGAUGCAACAGUUCAGAUCAACACAUUUUACAUGGAAUCCGGUCUCAAUGGUGUAGUCACAGACUUCCCAAAGACAUCUGCUCGAUAUAGAAGAAAACUCCGUCCUACUGUGCCAUUUUGUAGUAUGGACUAAUGUUUUGGAACAUACAUGUAAUUUGAUACACUAUUGCCAGGAAACAGAUGCUUAGGAAGGGGUAAAGAAAUACCUAGCUACAUGAGCCCUGUUCCGCCUGGUUUCUUCAUGGGACUCAUUGCACCU